AUGCUCGCUCGCGACGACAAGCGGUGGAGCGACGGCCCUGGACCCUCAUCCGCCGACAAGUACCCCGAUGCGAACAAGAAGGUUGAGACGAGCAAGGCGAAGAACUCGGACCAUAUCACGCUCGAGCAGCUCUUGAAGGAGACUGCAAUUAGACACCUACUGUUCGCGCUGAAUGCGCUCCUGCAUUUGCGAUUGCUGGACAAGAAGAAUAUCGCGGCUGCUUGCCGAUCGAUCUUGGGCCAGGACAAGGUCAUAAAGUAG